GGGCUGUGACGGGCGCGUGGGAAGAUGGCGGGGGACGCUGUUUUCAGGAGCAAUAGAGAACUGGGCAAUUCAGCUUGGAAGGUCAGCUCGGAGAGACCUGAUGAAGGUUCGUGGAACAAAUACUUUUUCAUUAAACGUCCAAGUUCAGCUGAAAAAGUGAAAGCUAACAAAGAUGUAGCUUCACCACUGAAAGAACUGGGUUUAAGAAUCAGCAAGUUUUUGGGUCUUGAUGAAGAACAGAGUGUGCAGUUACUCCAGUGUUACCUUCAAGAGGAUUACAGGGGUACUCGGGACUCACUGAAGACGAUACUACAAGACGAGAGGCAGAGCCAGGCCUUGAUCCUGAAGAUUGCUGAUUAUUACUAUGAGGAAAGAACCUGUAUUCUUCGUUGUGUUUUACACCUUCUCACAUACUUCCAAUAUGAAAGGCACCCCUACAGGGUUGAAUAUGCAGACUGUGUCGAUAAAUUAGAGAAGGAGCUAGUUUCCAAAUACAGACAGCAAUUUGAAGAGCUUUAUAAAACUGAAGCACCAACAUGGGAGACACAUGGAAACCUUAUGCUACUUCAGUGCCCUUAUUCUGGUGGAAGGCAUGGAUAUCGAGUCCCUGCACAAGUGUGCUUUGGAUGACAGAAGAGAACUGCACCAAUUUUCCCAGGAUGGGCUUAUUUCUCAGGUGAACUUGGAACAGCCUCUUUGCUUUUGGGGAUGGUUGAUAGUUAGUAGUAUGUUGUUAACCACUUGGUUACGUAGAGUUUUCAUUGUUGUGGAAUUUGAGGUUCUACAUAAUUAAGCAGUUAGUUGGAUCUGAAAGAAAUCUCGGAUUUGUCAGUCAGUCAUCUACAGAGGUUAUAGUUUAAUCUGUGAGAGCGAGAGGAGCCUCAUGCAGAUAGUGGAAGGACUAAAGAGGACCAAGGACAGAACCUUGGGGAUUGUCUGCCUGUAUGGGGCCUAUGAAAGAAAAGGAAAGGGGAAGGACAUUGAGAUGGGAUGGGUAGAAAGAUAGAAAAUGAGGAGAUAAUCAUGGAAAGUUCAAGAAGGAUCAGGGUCAGAUUUCCUAAGAGUCUUCCAUUUGAACAUGUAUUUUAUAAUCUUAAAUUGACACCAUUUAAAAGCAGAAAAUAAAAUUAUGGUUAAAUGGAAGAGGAUUUUAUUAAUGUGGUGGCUGGGAUUUUGAGCAGAGUAAAUAAAAUGUCCGAUUGGGAGAGAGAGGCUAGUAGAGAUGAGUGAAAGGCUUACUGAGUAUGAUGAAGAAUCUUGUUAAGGAGUCUUGAGCCUUUCUGUUCAAUGACACAGAUGGUGUUCUCUUUCUCAAUAUGAUAUGGACCUUUUGAUGUUGACCUUUGGGGACAUUCCACUUCAUGCUCCGGUGCUUUUGGCCUGGACUGUCCUCCGUCACACCCUGAACCCAGAAGAGACAAGCAAUAUUGUCCGGAAGAUAGGUGGCAAAGCCAUCCAGCUCAGUGUAUUUCAGUACUUGACCCGGCUCCUCCGGUCACUUGCCAGUGGGGGAAAUGAUUUAAGUCCAACACUGCUGGCAUUGCACCACCAGCACCGCGUGCAUGUGUGUCUAUGGACUCCUUUCCUUCGUUCUGACCUCGCUGGAGCUGCACACUCUGGGCAAUCAGCAGGGAGGCAGCUUCCAUGGAUCAAAGGGAAUGCCAGGACCCUGCCCAGAAAGACGUGGGCCACCCUCAGCACCGACAGCCAACGCGAAGAUAGCAGAGCCGUCCACUGGAUUGAGGCCCUUCCACCAGAGCUCUUCCAGUACUGGAAGCUGCGGGCCUGCAUCUUGGCAACAAGGUGCUGCAGUCACUGCCCUUGCAUAUGGGCGAGCUGACCAACCUGACCCAGAUUGAACUUCGAGACAACUGGCUGGAGUGCCUGCCCGUGGAGCUGGGCGAAUGCCCGCUGCUCAAGCAUACUGGUCUGGUGGUAGAAGAGGACCUGUUCAACACGUUGCCACCCGAGGUGAAGGAACGGCUCUGGAGGGCCGACAAGGAGCAGGCCUGAGUGCUGGCAGGCAGCUGGAGCAUGGGGCUGGUCCAGAGCAGCCGUCAUGGGACCAGCAAGGAGUCCUCAGGCCCAGGAGGGCAAGGCUUUGCUCUUCCCAGAAGUCCAGGGAUGGGCAGCCCAGCCUCUUGGCUGAGCAGGAUCCUGGGUGGAUGUGAGCUGG